UCUAAAAGUGUGUGUAGUGGAAAAAGUCAGCAAACACAUGCACAUCCCUUAUUCCAGUGCUGAGUUGUUAAAAACCACUAGAUAUGAUAAAUAGGUACAUCAUGGGGGUAAACUGGUUAAGUCAUUUUGUUGCAAAGCUGCAGAGAAACAGCACACAGCCAAAGGGAGAGGCAGACAGGAAGAAGGACUGCUGGGGCAGAGCUCGAGGUCAGAGGUCAGGUCAAGGAUCUAACAAAGAAGACAGGUCGUAGGCAAGAAGGGUUGGUAACAGAGAAACAGGCCUAGAGGGAGUAAUGUCACCUGUUCACCUGUUCACACCUGUUUUCACCUGUUCACACCUGUUUACCUGUUCACACCUGUUCACCUGUUCACACCUGUUCCCACCUGUUUACCUGUUCACACCUGUUUUCACCUGUUCACACCUGUUUACCUGUUCGUACCUGUUUUCACCUGUUCACCUGUUUACCUGUUCACACCUGUUCACACCUGUUUACCUGUUCCCAACCGGUUCCCUACCUUUCUUGUCUCUGUUUCCCAGAAAUCUGUCGAAGAAUCCGAUCUCCACGCUGUCUUGGCAGAUCUUUGAACACCUGCAGCUCUCUGGACUUCACCUGGAGGAGGUGGUGUUUACCUGUGGCUGUGAGAUCCGCUGGCUGCAGCUAUGGCAACAGAGAGGGGAGGCGGGGCUUAGCAACCAACAGUUAUACUGUGCUGAUAACAUCACGAGGAUCCCUCUGCAGGAUAUGAACAUCAGCAGCUGUGACCUGCCAGACAUCAGUGUGAGUCACAGUAACCUCACGGUGAUCGAGGGGGAUCGAGUGACGGCAAUCUGUAACGGCUCGGGAUCCCCUUUACCUGAGGUGGACUGGCCGAUUAACGGCCUGCACUCAGCACACACUCAGCAGGCCAAAGUGUACGAAAACAACACAAUCCACUCCAUCAACUUCACUCUCUUCAACGUCAGCAGAGAAGACAACAACAUUCUGUUAACCUGCACAGCGACCAACGUGGUCGGUAUGACCAACGCCUCAGUACAGCUCACUGUGCACUUCCCUCCCUCCAUCGUGAAGCUCAAAGAGCCUGAACGCCGCCAUGACACCUGCAUAGAGUUCACCGUGAGGGGCUCGCCACACCCAUCGCUACGCUGGUUCUACGAGGAGCAGGAGAUCACACACACAGAGUACGUGCGUCCUGAUAUGGAUAUCUAUCAGGACUACAUCGAGGGCUGUCUCACUUUCAAAAACCCGACUCAUCACAAUAAUGGAAACUACACUCUGGAGGCCACAAACUACCUGGGAUCAGCCAACAGCACUGUGUACGGACACUUCCUGGACCAACCAUUUGACGGUCAGUUUGGUCCUUCAGGAACUUUGACUCCAACUGCAGAGACUCACAAACCUGAAGAGGACACAUUCGGGGUGUCUCUAGCCGUGGGUCUAGCAGGUGUAGCCUGUGUGAUGUUGGUUGUUCUCUUCCUUCUUAUGAACAAAUAUGGACGACGCUCAAAGUUCGGGAUGAAGGGUCCUGUGGCAGUGAUCAGUGGCGAGGAAGACUCCGCCUCUCCUCUUCAUCACGUGAACCACGGGAUCAUCAGUCCGUGUACGCUGGACGGAGGAGCAGACGCCGUGGUCAUCGGGAUGACGAGGAUCCCCGUCAUCGAGAACCCACAAUACUUCAGACACGGACACAACUGUAACAAACCCACAACUUAUGUUCAGCACAUAAAGCGCAGAGACAUCAUCCUGAAGAGAGAGCUGGGAGAGGGAGCUUUUGGAAAGGUGUUCCUCGCUGAGUGCUAUAACCUGAGCCCCACCAAGGACAAGAUGCUGGUGGCUGUGAAGACUCUUAAAGAUCCUACUCUAGCGGCGAGGAAAGAUUUCCAGCGCGAGGCCGAGCUGCUGACCAACCUGCAGCACGAACACAUCGUCAAGUUUUACGGAGUGUGUGUGGACGGAGACCCGCUCAUCAUGGUGUUUGAGUACAUGAAGCACGGAGACCUGAACAAGUUCCUCAGAGCCCACGGGCCGGAUGCCAUGAUCCUGGUGGACGGGCAGCCUCUGCAGACAAACGGCGAGCUGGGUUUGUCUCAGAUGCUGCACAUCGCCAGUCAGAUCGCAGCGGGGAUGAUCUACCUGGCCUCUCAGCACUUUGUGCACCGAGAUCUGGCCACCAGGAACUGUCUGGUCGGGAAUGGGCUGCUGGUGAAGAUCGGAGACUUUGGGAUGUCCAGAGACAUUUACAGCACGGAUUACUACAGGGUUGGGGGUCACACCAUGCUGCCUAUCCGUUGGAUGCCUCCUGAGAGCAUCAUGUACAGAAAGUUCACCACAGAGAGCGACGUGUGGAGCUUCGGUGUCAUCCUGUGGGAGAUCUUCACAUACGGAAAGCAGCCAUGGUUCCAGCUUGCCAACAAUGAGGUGAUCGAGUGUAUCACUCAGGGCCGGGUCCUGGAGCGUCCCCGGCUGUGUCCUAAAGAAGUCUACGACAUGAUGCUCGGCUGCUGGCAGAGAGAGCCUCAACAACGCCUCAACAUCAAAGACAUCCAGAAGCUGCUGCUCACUCUGAUGAAGGCCACACCUGUGUACCUGGACAUCCUGGGAUAGAGACAGACCUGAUAAAGGCCACACCUGUGUACCUGGACAUCCUGGGAUAGAGACAGACCUGAUGAAGGUCACACCUGUGUACCUGGACAUCCUGGGAUAGAGACAUACCUGAUGAAGGUCACACAUGUGUACCUGGACAUCCUGGGAUAGAGACAUACCUGAUGAAGGCCACACCUGUGUACCUGGACAUCCUGGGAUAGAGACAGACCUGAUGAAGGUCACACCUGUGUACCUGGACAUCCUGGGAUAGAGACAGACCUGAUGAAGGUCACACCUGUGUACCUGGACAUCGAUCCAAAGAAGAUAAUUAUUCUGCAGGGAAAGUCUGGCCUGGACUCAAACACACCUGGAUAACAAUGAUUGUAGUCUGCUUCAUCCUGCCUGAAAUAAUGAGUUUAAGGAUGGACGAGAUUAGCUUGUAUCUCAGGGUAAUAAAGUGACCUGAAGCUGAGUACGCUCUGGACUUGUGUGGUCCAAUCAGAUCAACUCCUGACUGAACAGUGAAGUAUUGAGUUACACUGGACUGAACUGGAUUCACCUGGUUAUACUGGUCUGGUCUGACGUGGUACCAACAUGUCCUCACCUGUUCAUCUUCAUUUCAGCCUGAAAGCAGGUUCACUGUCCUGUCCCAGUCUGGCCAGGUCACCUGGUCUCUAGGCUCAAUAUUGCAUCAUUACAUUAAGCGUCAUGUGUUUACAUCCUGGUCUCUGAGUUUAGAUUUGAACAUUCAUUCCCUUGACGUCUCUUAACCCUCAAAUGUUUUAUCAUGGUCCCUCUGUAAGUCAGGUCUGGGUUAGUUCAGGUUCUGAUCCUCACCUGUCCUCUGCAGUCCUGGUUAUUACUCAUAUUCAUGUUCAGGAACUUUCUGCAUGUAGUUCUGUAGACUUCUAUAGAAAGCUUUAAAGGUGGAUGUUUGUCUAUCACUGAAGCUGUCUGCACAUAUUGACUCAAUGUGUUCACACUGACUUCUUACAGUGCUGAACACAUGAACAGACAUUUUCCUGAUGGAAUUUGAUUAUGCUGUUUGAUAUGAAGCUUUGAAUAUUUGUCUUUAUUUCAUGUCUGUCUCACCGUUCACUUCACUGUUGUUUCAUCGUAUGUGAUUGAAACUGAAGGAGGCUUUUAGUCAGCAGCUCAGCUAGCACCCCCCAAAGUCAAACUGAAGAACGCCGAAGAAACAGAAACCAUGAUGCAGCUUUAUUACUGCGUCUGUUUGGGAAUCUGUCUCUCAGUUAAACUUCUGUAGAAGAAGAACAGGGAAUGAGGAUUCAGAGACUCAGCUUCUGUUCCCAGCCUGAUAUUCUCUCAGAGUCUCCUCCACUGUUUAAAUGUUUAAACUAUUUAAUGAGCUUCUUUUAGGUUCCAACA